GCUGAGCAAGUGACAGGAUACAGAAAAGUUUGUUAGCUACGUGCUAACUUUGUCUGUUUGACAAUGUUACUGCCUUAAAGCAGCACUUCAGGACUCGUAAAUUUCCCUUUUUUUUCAACAACUUGUGAGCCCUGCAAGAAAUGAUGGACUGUCAAGGAGAAGAUGAUGGAGAAUUGUGCAAAUGGGCCAGUGCUGUGCUGGUGAACAGCAAAAAUGACAUCAGAGCACGAGUGCAACAAUUUGUGGAGGAGAGGAUGCAAACCACCAUGCUCACAGGUGUACUGAUUGGAGCUGCAGUUGCAGUCUCACUGAUUGGGAUUGUGGUGCUCUUCCUUUACAGAAGAUUUAAGCUUGCUCGUGAACAACAGCCUGGUGUGCCUCACUAUCGCUUCAGAAAACGAGAUAAAGUGCUCUUCUAUGGAAGGAAGAUAAUGCGAAAGGUCCAGACGCUGUCCUCGAUUCCUCCUCCCACCUCUACCUCAGUAUCAAAGCAACCACAGCGCAUACGCAAAAGAACCAAAGUUCUAAGCAUAGCCCGCAAAAUCCUGAGGAUUCGUAAAGACCCUCCCACCCUGCAGCCCAAGGAACCGCCUCCCUCCCUUCUGGAGGCUGACCUGACGGAGUUUGAUGUGCAGAGCUCAAACCUGCCCUCUGAAGUCCUCUAUAUGCUUAAGAAUGUCAGGGUGUUGGGUCAUUUUGAAAAGCCCCUGUUCCUAGAGCUGUGUCGCCACAUGGUGUUUAUCGAGCUCCAGGAGGGUGAAGGUCUGUUUAGGCCAGGAGACGAUGACGAUAGCAUCUAUGUGGUCCAGGAUGGACGACUCGAGCUCUGCAUCCAGGAGAACGAUGGUACAGAACCAGUGGUGAAGGACGUGCACCCAGGGGACAGUGUCCACAGCCUGCUCAGUAUUCUGGACAUCAUCACUGGUUAUCCAGCUCCAUAUAAGACUGUAUUGGUACGGGCUGCAACUCGCUCCACCGUCUUGCGUUUGCCUGCAUCUGCCUUUGAGUCUGUGUUUAAGAAAUACCCAGAAACACUUGUUCGUGUCAUUCAGAUAAUUAUGGUGCGCCUCCAAAGAGUCACCUUCUUGGCAUUACAUAACUAUCUGGGCCUAACAACCGAGCUCUUCAAUCCGGAGAGUCAGGCGGUGCCCUUGUCCAAUAUAAACAGCGUGAUGGCAGAGGGGAAUUCUGGGAAGACAACUCGACGUUUGCACUUCCAGGACGAGUUCUCUGCUGGGACCACGGAGAGCCCCACAGAGACAGAUGGUGUGAAGGACAGCCCUUCAAACAGCUACAGGAAGCAGCGAUCCAUCUCAAUGCCAACUGAGUGCGGAGGUAAUGACCUGAACAUGGCUUGUGAACGGGCUCGAGUCACUAUAGAUGAGGCUCCAUCCAGUCCUGCCACUCAAAAAUCCAGUCUGAAGAAGAGCGUGACUAUGCAGCACACACCCUCUGAAGUGUUUCACUACACAGACAGCGGGGGGCACUCUGAUGCCAUCCACCUCAGUAAGAGCAGCACAAUCUUCCAGGCUGCUAAGAGGGACCUACUGGGAAUCAUCCAGCUGCAGGACCCCAGUCUGCUCGAGGGCAGAGUGACCCUUCAUCAAGUCAAAGCUGGUUCUGUGGUGGCUCGUCAGGGAGACCAGGAGGUGAGCAUCCAGUUUGUGAUUUCUGGCCUCCUCCACGUUUACCAGCGGAUGAUUGAUCGUGAGGAGGAGACGCGUCUAUUUGUGACGCACCCCGGAGAGCUUGUCGGUCAACUUGCCGUCCUGACCGGAGAGCCCCUCAUAUUCACUGUUCGAGCCCAGCGAGACUGCAGCUUCCUCUCUAUUUCCAAAACCCACUUUUAUGAGAUAAUGCGCGUGGAGCCAAAGGUCGUGCUGAAUGUGGCUCACACAGUCGUCAGGAGGAUGUCAUCUUUUGUCCGACAGAUAGACUUUGCUCUGGACUGGAUGGCUGUGGAAGCUGGCAGGGCGGUCUACAGGCAGGGAGAGAAAUCAGACAGUACUUUCAUAGUGCUGAGUGGUCGACUGCGCUCUGUAAUCAUGAAGGAGGAUGGUAAGAAGGAGCUGAUAGGAGAGUACGGACGCGGCGACCUGAUUGGAGUGGUGGAGGCUCUGACCCAUCAGAAUAGAGCCACCACAGUGCACGCUGUACGAGACUCUGAGCUGGCCAAGUUACCAGAAGGAGCUCUCAGCUCCAUCAAGAGGAAGUUCCCACAGGUUGUCACCAGGUUGAUUCACCUACUUGGACAGAAGAUCCUCCAGCAGGUGAAUGGUCCUCUGACAGCUCGCAGUUUGGCCCUCCACACCCCUGGCAGUAAAUGGGACGCAGGGAACCAAGCCUCCAACCUCUCCACUGUGACAGUCUUGCCUGUAUCAGAGGAGGUACCUCUUACUGCCUUCACCCUGGAGCUCCAGCAUGCGCUCCUCGCAAUAGGUCCCACUCUUCUGCUGACCAGUGAUAUUAUAAAGCAGCGACUUGGAGCUGCAGCACUAGACAGUGUCCACGAGUACCGUCUGUCCAGCUGGUUGGGCCAACAGGAAGACAUCCAUCGCAUAGUUCUUUACCAGACGGACUACACACUGACCCCGUGGACACAGCGGUGCAUUCGGCAAGCAGACUGCAUCAUUAUCGUGGGACUUGGAGAGCAGGACCCUGCCGUAGGGGAGCUGGAGCGUAUGUUGGAAGGAAGUGCAGUGCGUGCCCAGAAGCAGCUGGUGCUGUUGCACAGAGAAGAUGGCCCACCACCCAAAGGAACUGUGGACUGGCUCAACAUGCGAAGCUGGAUCUCCAGACACCUCCACCUCUCUUGUCCCCGAAGGGUCUUCUCUAAGAGGAGCCUGCCCAAACUGUUGGAACUGUACCAGCGUGUAUUUGAGAAGCCAGCAGACCGCCACUCAGACUUCUCCCGCCUGGCUCGAGUCCUCACAGGGAAUGCUAUUGGCCUUAUUCUGGGAGGAGGAGGUGCCAGGGGCUGUUCUCAGGUAGGGAUAAUGCGGGCUGUCUGUGAGGCUGGCAUUCCUGUGGACCUCAUUGGUGGCACCUCUAUUGGUUCCCUGAUGGGGGCACUAUAUGCUGAGGACCGUAGCUACAGUCGUAUGAGGAUGAGGGCCAAGGAAUGGGCAAUGGAAAUGACUUCAGUGUUUAAGAAGGUUUUGGAUUUGACGUACCCAGUCACCUCCAUGUUCUCUGGCGCUGCCUUCAACUCCAGCAUUAGCAAUGUCUUCAAGAGUAAACAGAUUGAGGACCUUUGGAUCCCGUAUUUCAAUAUCACAACUGACAUCACUGCCUCUGCCAUGAGAGUACACACUGAUGGUUCUCUGUGGCGGUAUGUUCGUGCCAGCAUGUCUCUGUCUGGGUAUCUGCCUCCUCUCUGUGACCCCAAAGAUGGACACCUACUGAUGGACGGGGGCUACAUCAACAACCUGCCAGCUGAUGUGGCGCGCUCCAUGGGGGCCAAGGUGGUGAUAGCUAUUGACGUGGGCAGCCGAGAUGAAACCAACCUCACUAAUUAUGGCGACUCGCUCUCAGGCUGGUGGCUGCUAUGGAAACGCCUCAACCCCCUAGCAGAAAAAGUAAAGGUGUUGAACAUGGCAGAGAUUCAGACCCGGCUGGCCUAUGUGUGCUGUGUUAGGCAGCUAGAGUCUGUGAAGAACAGCGACUACUGCGAGUACAUCAGACCUCCAAUCGACAGAUACCGGACUCUGGAGUUUGGCAAGUUUGAUGAGAUUGCUGAGGUUGGCUACCAACACGGAAAGACUGUGUUUGAUGUGUGGGGUCGUAGUGGAGUGGUGGAGAAAAUGUUAAAAGACAGACACCAGGAGGAGUUCCACAACACCCAAAGCAAGAACAACGUGGUGACAUGUCCCAAUGCUUCCUUCACUGACCUGGCAGAAAUUGUGUCCCGCAUCGAGCCCGUCAAACCUGCUCUCGUGGACGAGGAGUCAGACUACCACACUGACUAUGAAGAGGAGGCACUGGAGAGCGCUCUGUCUGACAUGGAGCUAUACAAUCGCUAUGGAGAGCACACUGAAGGGGAGGAGACUGGUGACACGGAUGAGGAGCUGGAAGGCAGACGUACACGUCACAUUACCUCACUCACCAGCAGCUACCCUCAGUCCCACAGUUCUCUGGAUGGGCCGUCAAACCAGGAUGUCCUUUCCAAAUAGACCAUUAAAUGAAGACAGGUCUAAUGAAUUCUGCCCCGAACAGGUCAUCACUACUUUAACCUGCCUGUCUUUACCCUCCAGUCCGUCCCACAUGAGUCAAAACCUGUCCCCUGCUCCUGGGACUGUUACCAUGACAGUGAUAACCAUUUUGCCACCUGUAACCUGGCCUCCUUAGUAAAAAAUCCCUUUAAAAAAACAAAACUGAAUACAGGCUGCUAGUAUCACAUUUAGCCAGCUGCAAAUCCUGUAUGUUCCUAUUAUACAAGAGCAGCUGUAAGUCUAAUCAUUUCUCAUAUUGAGAUAGUCAGGAUUAUUUUCUGUAGCUUUACAUGAAUCACACCAGUCCAGUGGAGGAUAGAAGGAGGGAGACGUGAGGAGAUACUAUUUCCAUGAAAUAUCUUUUACAUAAACCCAGGUGAAAACUCUAAAUCUUGGUUGAUUACACUCAGAAGAAGCAUUUUAAAUAGAUUUUAAAUUGUUAAAGAGUCGGCUCACCUAAUUUACAAAACUACUUUUUUACACUUCUGUUAUCUAAACAUGCAGAUAGUUUGGAUAUGAUUUCCCCGGUUUUGACGUAUCCAUCUCUGAGAUUUCUUAUGUUUAUUUUUCUGACUUUUCACAAGUUCUGCCCUUUUCAAAUUUGGCUAUUUGCACCUCUUCUAGCCACUAAAAAAUCCUUCAAAGUCGAAUCAAAGAAGGUAAAAUCACUCUUUGGUCAACCUGCUCACAGCCCCUCUACACAGUGAGGCCAUAGCCUCUGAUGAGGGGUCACAAGGACACAGUUUAUUUUAAGGGGUCACAAGCCAAAAAUAUUGUUUAGCACUGCUCUGAAUAAUCUACAGAACACACUGUUGACAGUGAAGUGUGUGUGUCUGUGUUGUUCUGAGUAUGUGCGACAUGGUCUCUGAUGAGAAAUAUGUUGAUUUUUUUAAAUAUAGUUUUUCAAAUGGUGUGAGCACAAAGUUUAAUUUACCUACUUGUAUUUAGAGCAGCAGAAAUCUCAGACACAGAUUUUCUGAAACUUGGGCAAAUAAAUUUAAAACUAUGUGCAUGACUGGAUACCAGUAGAGGCAAGACAGAUGUGCUCGGUGGCCACUUUAUGGUGUACAAUCUAUCAUGUCCAGUACAAUAACCCUGCCAUAACAGCAGCCUUUACAAAGCUCAUAAUGUGUAAAUUCAGUAAUACAUUUAUUACUGAGGUCAUAGCUAAAGAUGGUGUUUUGCUUGAUUUCAUUAUAUUGACAAGUGUUUCUAAUUUUUUGUCCUCCCCAUUCACAUACAUGAAUCAUUAUUAUAGAAUACAGUGGAGUCCAGCACAACACUAUCACCAACUCUGACCUCCGUGCUGAAACACAUCAUUUAGUAAACACCUCUGUCACCGCCUCAACAGAAAUAACAGAUUAUAGGCAUCAGAAACAUGACUUUAUGGCAGGACAGAUCUAUUAGAUUGUACUGAUAUACUUAAUAAAGUGGACCCUGGGUGUUUUGCUGCUGUGCUAAUUACAACACAACCAAUAACUCUUAAGUCACAUGUGGGCAUGCACGUGUAGUGUUGGAUUAAGAUGGACCCUAUCCUUGAAUGUUUUGUACACUCAGUCUAUGUAAUGAUCCUCAUCAACACAAGACUAAUCUGAAACCAGAAUGAGAGCAUAACAAGCAGCAGACGCUGUGGCCGUGGCUGUCAGCACAGCUUUGUGGUACCCAGUGUGCCAGCCACAUGGAGGAAAGUAAUGAUUGCGAUCCACUUCAAAGCACUAGUUUCCCUCUCAGCUGGCGAGACAGCCUCCCCCCCAUCUUUUUUCUGGCUUGAACCUAUCAGACGCAGACUGAGCAGCAGACAGUGUGGAUCUGUUGGAUGAACUGGGAAGCUCCACUCAUCUCUGUACAGUUUAUGCAAAGGAGCUAUUUGCAGCAGCGGGGCAGUUCUUCACAGGAACGUGUUGUAACAAGUUAUUUGGCCCAUCAAGACGUGAUUUUGUAGCCUGCCAUGAAGUUGAUCAGAUUUUGUUGCAUACUGUGCAUACAUAAUCAUGGAAAAGAAAAAAAAAAGUUAAUUAUAUAUUCUCAUAUUUAAGACAAGAAUCUAUACAACCAGAGCCUUAGAUGAUUUUAUACAGAGGUCAGAACAGCUGGACAAUCAUUCCAGACAUGCAAUGCAAUGCACGAUUAAACUAACAAAUCGUUAUAUUGACUUGUUCAACCUGCCUUUCUGUUGGACACUAUACCAUUUUUAUAGCAUUAACUUAAUCUCAAUCACAGCUAACGAUUAUUUUUAUUAUUGAUUGGUGUUAUGAUUAUUUUUUGCAAGAUUUUUUUACAGAUUAAUCCUUUGGCCUAUAUAGUGUGAAAAAUGAAUGUAAACAUUUCCAAGAUGACAUUAAAGUCUACUGUCUGUCUGACAAACAGUCCAAAACCCAAAGAUAUUCAGUUUAACAGAAAGUCAUCCCUGAAAAAGCAACAAACCAUCAAAUGUUUGGCAUUUUUGCUUGAUGAAGGGCUUAACCAAUUAUCAGAGUAGUUAAUUAGUUUUCUGUUAACUGGUGAUUGUUUCAGCCUUAAAUGCAGCAUUACCAGAGCCCUAACAAGACUGCAUAACAGAUGUUUUUGAUGAGGAUCCCUUAGAUUUGUUUUUUUAAAGAACGGUGACCAAGAUAUAUAUCCUGAGUGGGACUUGUUUCAGUUUAAAUGUACAGUUGUUUCCUAGUGGCUGACGUUAAAAUACCCAUCUACCUGCAAUAAGCUAAUAUCAGCCGUCCAAGUUUGUCAGUCAGGCUCUGAUCAUUAGAAUAUCAAUGCAAUGUUUUAGAUUUAAUUUUCUUCCCACUUGAUAUAGCACCCCAUGAGCUUCCCUGUAUGAAGCCGUGAUUUUAGCUAGUACUGGUGCUACAGUGCCUGCAGCCUUACAUAUGUAGACAGGAGGAGAAACCUGGUGAACACUAUGCGGAUCCCAUAUGGUGUUAAAUGGAGUCUGGACACAGUAUGUGUGAGCUAGGCAGAGAUGUGAAAGCAUUUGCUGUUUACCAAUGAGCUAAUGGUGUUUGCACAGUUUUUUUUUUUUUUGUACUUUUGGGUGGUUUCCAGACAUCGAGCACAAUAAAUUGAUGUUGUCUGGCAGAAUGAAUGUUUCUACUUUAUUAAAUGGGACAUGGUAAUGGAUGAAAUGCUUAUGUAAUGUGUGGAACUUUGCCAUAAAGUUAAUGCAACAAAGCCUCAGACGACUCAUAUGAAAAAACAACCACUCGUGCCCUCAUUUGGCUGCAUUCUGAUGAUUAAAGUAGAACGGUGAAGUUUACCAGUAAGCCUGUACUGUAUGACAUUAGUUACUUAUCUAUAUUUGUUAUUUGAGAAAUAUUGUUUUUGAUAAUCAAUUGUUACUAAUAAACCACUGUUUGUUGUGUAUUAUGUGUGCCCUCCAUUUUUCAACUUGCCAUAGCUUU